AUGACUGAAUUCAUGUUGCCCAGAGGACGGUUUGUGCCCUUGCUCUUCUCACCGGUCAGGUUUCCCCGCAACUCUACUGUCCGAACACCGCCCGGCGGGAAACGAACGCCUUCGCUCCUUCGACCUCAUGGCACGAGCUCGACGACCAAGAAACUCGAGAACGGUGAUGCUCAAAGUGCGUCGGCUACAUAUUUUCCGAACCCCGACACCACUCGACAACCCGCGUCUUCGCGCUGGACUGCUCUAAAAACUCCAAAGCCGUUCUCCGAGUUUCUGACAGAUACCUUCAACCGUCAACAUGAUUACCUUCGAAUCAGCGUCACUGAGCGCUGUAACCUGCGUUGCCUAUACUGUAUGCCAGAGGAAGGAGUGCAGCUUUCCCCGCCAGCUCGUCUUCUUACCUCCCCCGAGAUUGUCUAUCUCUCGUCCCUCUUCGUCUCGCAAGGUGUGACCAAAAUCCGCUUGACCGGCGGAGAGCCAACAGUCCGGAAAGACAUAGUCCCUUUAAUGCAGUCGAUCGGAGACCUACGGCGCAAUGGUCUUCGGGAGCUGUGUUUGACGACGAAUGGGAUAUCGCUACAUCGCAAGCUCGAGCCCAUGGUGGAGGCUGGACUGACCGGCGUCAACCUUAGUCUUGACACGUUGGAUCCGUUCCAGUUCCAGCUGAUGACAAGGAGAAAGGGCCUCGAUGCCGUAAUGAAGAGCAUCGAUAAGAUCUUGAAACUGAACAAGAUGGGCGCGGGCAUUAAAUUGAAGAUCAACUGCGUUGUGAUGCGCGGGCUCAAUGAUCGGGAGAUCCUCCCGUUCGUCGAAAUGGGGCGUGAAAGCCCCAUUGAAGUGCGCUUCAUUGAAUACAUGCCCUUCGAUGGUAAUAAGUGGAACCAGCAGAAGAUGGUUUCGUAUCAGGAAAUGCUGGCAAUCAUCCGCGAAAAAUACCCAGCACUGGAGAAAGUGACCGAUCAUAAAAACGACACCAGCAAAACCUACCAAGUGCCGGGGUUUGAAGGCCGCAUUGGAUUUAUCACUAGCAUGACACACAAUUUCUGCGGCACCUGCAAUCGACUCCGUAUCACUUGCGAUGGGAACCUGAAAGUUUGUUUGUUUGGUAACGCCGAGGUCUCAUUGCGCGACAUUAUCCGCAAGGAGAACAACGGGGAACCAAUCGACGAGACGAUAUUGAAGGAGUUGCGACUCCUUGAAGCCGCCGAGCUGGUGGCUCUUGGUGAGCAGGGUGGCUUGGUAAAUCAGAGAGAGCAAGAACUACUGGACAUCAUUGGCAUGGCGGUCAAACGGAAGAAGGCAAAACAUGCUGGCAUCGGCAAACUGGAGAACAUGAAGAACAGGCCCAUGAUACUCAUUGGUGGGUAG